CACGGAGAGGACACAGGAGCCCCCCCUGGGCCCACCGUGCCCCUUUGAGGGGGUGGCCUGGACCCCAAGACCCCCCCAGGGACCCCCGCAGGGCUGCUUCGCCUGCAUCGCCAAGCCCCCGGCCCUCCGGCAAGCUUCGCCCGUCCUGUCUCCUUCUUCCGCCGUUUAUCUCAUGGAGAGCAAGAGCUGUAAAGGGGACAGCCUGCGGCCGGCGGUCCCGUGCAAGCACUCGGUGGAGAAGAAGACCAUGACCAACCCCACCACCGUCAUCGAAAUCUACCCUGACACCACCGAGGUGAACGACUACUAUCUCUGGUCCAUCUUCAACUUCGUAUACCUCAACUUCUGCUGCCUCGGCUUCAUCGCCUUGGCCUAUUCAUUGAAAGUCCGGGAUAAGAAACUCCUCAAUGACUUAAAUGGAGCAGUUGAAGAUGCCAAGACAGCCCGGCUUUUUAACAUCACCAGCUCAGCCCUUGCCACCUUCUGUAUCAUCCUUAUCUUCAUCUUCCUGCGAUACCCCCUCACUGACUACUAGAGUGAGGCCAAUAGCAGCGGCCACCGCCAAAAUGCCUCUAUGCCAGAAGUGUCUGCAGUUGUUUCUUGUAGCAAGGACGCAAAAAAAAACAAACAACAAAACCAACACUCCACCUUGAUUGC